AUGGAGAAGAAGAUAAGCGUCGGCGAGCACGGCCGGCGCCGGCGGCACAUGCUGCGCAAGGUGGGCUACAGGCCGACGGCAGCGCGCCGGCCCACACUGGCUGUCCAUGCAACUGGCGAGACGAGAAUCAACUGCCACAUCGUGUGCCUCUUCUGUCGAGAGGAGUUCAUCACCAACGCCAAACACGACCAGCACAUCCGGCUUUGUCAGGCGCUGGUCUGCGCCCAGUGCAAGACCCAGUGUCCGGAUUACCCGGAGUACGAACACCACAUGCUCGUCUGCCAGUACGCCAGCAAGUGUGAGCCGGUGGAGGUGCUGGCUGCGCGCGUACAGUGCCCCUACUGCGACCGGCUCUUCACGCAGAUCCAUAUGUUCAAACGCCACCUCAAGCUGCUGCACGAGGUGGAGCACAUGCAGCGCUUUGGCCUCAAGAUCCAGCGCAAGUUUCGGCCGAACGAGCGCGAGUUCCCAUGCCGACAGUGCGGCCGCACCUUCAACCGCGUCUACAACCUCAAGAUGCACCAGCUGUCGCACGGCCGGCACGGCCAGUACCGCUGCGAGACGUGCAACAAGACGUUCCGCUUCCGCUCCAACCUGGACCGGCACGCGCGCUCGCACAACAACCAGCAGCACGUGUGCCGCCUCUGCAGCCAGGAGUUCCGGUUGCUGCGCCAGCUGCGUGGCCACAUGAACCUGGCGCACGACAAGGACGUUUUCGCGUGCGACAUCUGCCAGAAGAGCUGCGAGGGCUACCAGCGGCUGCUGGCGCACACGCGCACGCACCACUCGCAGAAGUCGUACUCGUGCGGCGUGUGCGGCCGCACGUUUGCCACCAAACACAAGUACCGCGAGCACAUGAACGUGCACGAGGCGCGCUACACGUACGAGUGCCACCUCUGCUCGGAGCGCUUCUUCACACGCGACCACCUGCGCAAGCACUACCGCAAGCAGCACCCGGAGGUGAAGCGGCUGCCUCGGCGGGCGACCACGCGCCGCUCGAGGAGCGGCGCCCCUUCUUCGAGCCCGCCGACCUCGGACCCAUGA